GGGCGCAGGGCGGCCCCAUUUCCUCCUGGGAGCCGGACGGACGGGCGGGAGACAAAGCGGCGGCCGUCGGCUUGGCGCCUCCGGAGUCGUCCCGAGCUCUCUUCGCUCUCCCCCCCUCGCCCGCCGCAGAAAUGACUGCCGUCCACACUGGCAACAUAAACUUCAAAUGGGACCCCAAAAGUCUGGAGAUCAGGACUCUGGCUGUUGAAAGACUAUUGGAGCCUCUUGUUACACAGGUGACAACCCUGGUCAACACCAACAGUAAAGGACCCUCUAAUAAAAAGAGGGGUCGUUCUAAGAAGGCCCAUGUUUUGGCUGCAUCUGUUGAACAAGCAACUGAGAAUUUCUUGGAAAAGGGGGAUAAAAUUGCAAAAGAGAGUCAGUUUCUCAAGGAGGAGCUUGUGGCUGCUGUAGAAGAUGUUCGAAAACAAGGAGAUUUGAUGAGGAGUGCUGCGGGGGAGUUUGCUGAUGAUCCGUGCUCUUCUGUCAAGCGGGGCAACAUGGUCCGUGCAGCCCGGGCCCUGCUCUCUGCUGUUACCCGGCUGCUGAUUCUGGCUGACAUGGCAGAUGUCUACAAGUUACUUGUGCAGCUGAAAGUGGUGGAAGAUGGCAUUUUGAAACUGAGGAACGCUGGUAACGAGCAGGACUUGGGGAUACAGUACAAAGCUCUGAAGCCGGAGGUGGAUAAGCUGAAUAUCAUGGCCGCGAAAAGACAGCAGGAACUGAAAGACGUGGGCCACCGCGAUCAGAUGGCUGCGGCAAGAGGAAUCCUGCAGAAGAACGUUCCCAUCCUCUAUACUGCGUCCCAGGCAUGCCUGCAGCACCCUGAUGUUGCAGCUUAUAAAGCCAACCGGGACCUGAUAUACAAGCAGCUGCAGCAAGCCGUCACAGGCAUUUCUAAUGCAGCCCAGGCUACUGCACCAGACGAUGCCUCCCAGCACCAGGGUGGUGGUGGAGAGCUGGCGUAUGCUCUCAACAACUUUGAUAAACAAAUCAUUGUGGAUCCCCUGAGCUUCAGCGAGGAACGUUUUAGGCCUUCACUGGAGGAGCGUCUGGAAAGCAUUAUUAGCGGAGCCGCGCUGAUGGCUGACUCAUCCUGCACCCGUGAUGACCGGCGGGAACGCAUCGUGGCAGAGUGUAAUGCUGUCCGCCAGGCUCUACAGGACCUGCUCUCAGAGUACAUGGGCAAUGCUGGGCGUAAAGAAAGAAGCGACGCGCUCAAUUCAGCAAUAGAUAAAAUGACCAAGAAGACCAGGGACUUGCGCAGACAGCUUCGCAAAGCUGUCAUGGACCAUGUAUCAGAUUCUUUCCUGGAGACCAACGUCCCUCUUUUAGUACUGAUUGAAGCUGCAAAGAAUGGAAAUGAGAAGGAAGUUAAGGAGUAUGCCCAGGUUUUUCGUGAGCACGCCAACAAAUUGAUUGAGGUUGCCAACUUGGCCUGCUCGAUCUCCAACAAUGAAGAAGGUGUGAAGCUCGUCCGAAUGUCUGCAAGCCAGCUAGAGGCUCUCUGUCCUCAGGUCAUCAAUGCCGCAUUGGCCUUAGCAGCAAAGCCGCAGAGUAAACUGGCCCAAGAGAACAUGGAUCUUUUUAAAGAGCAAUGGGAAAAGCAAGUCCGUGUUCUCACAGACGCUGUUGACGACAUCACUUCCAUUGACGACUUCCUGGCUGUCUCAGAGAAUCACAUUUUGGAGGAUGUGAACAAGUGUGUCAUUGCUCUCCAAGAGAAAGACGUGGAUGGUCUAGACCGCACUGCUGGCGCCAUCCGAGGCCGGGCAGCUCGAGUCAUCCAUGUAGUCACCUCAGAGAUGGACAACUAUGAACCAGGAGUUUACACAGAGAAGGUUCUGGAAGCCACCAAGCUCCUCUCCAACACAGUCAUGCCUCGGUUCACUGAGCAGGUGGAAGCAGCUGUGGAAGCCCUCAGCUCAGACCCAGCCCAGCCGAUGGACGAGAAUGAGUUUAUCGAUGCCUCCCGACUGGUCUACGAUGGCAUCCGGGACAUCAGGAAAGCAGUGCUGAUGAUAAGGACUCCCGAGGAACUGGAUGACUCUGACUUUGAGACCGAAGAUUUUGACGUCAGAAGUAGGACGAGUGUCCAGACAGAGGACGACCAGCUGAUCGCUGGACAAAGUGCCCGGGCGAUCAUGGCUCAGCUUCCUCAGGAGCAAAAGGCAAAGAUUGCAGAACAGGUGGCCAGCUUCCAGGAAGAAAAGAGCAAACUGGACGCCGAGGUGUCCAAGUGGGACGACAGUGGCAACGACAUCAUCGUGCUGGCCAAGCAGAUGUGCAUGAUCAUGAUGGAGAUGACCGACUUCACCCGAGGCAAAGGACCACUCAAAAACACGUCAGAUGUUAUCAGUGCUGCCAAGAAGAUCGCUGAGGCGGGAUCCAGGAUGGAUAAGCUUGGCCGGACCAUCGCAGACCAUUGCCCAGACUCCGCCUGCAAGCAGGACCUGCUGGCCUACCUUCAGCGCAUCGCGCUCUACUGCCACCAGCUCAACAUCUGCAGUAAAGUCAAGGCCGAAGUGCAGAACCUUGGCGGGGAGCUUGUCGUCUCUGGGGUGGACAGCGCCAUGUCCCUGAUCCAGGCAGCCAAGAACUUGAUGAAUGCUGUAGUGCAGACGGUGAAGGCCUCCUAUGUGGCUUCCACCAAGUACCAGAAGUCACAGGGGAUGGCGUCCCUCAACCUCCCCGCUGUGUCGUGGAAGAUGAAGGCGCCUGAGAAGAAGCCCUUGGUGAAGAGGGAGAAGCAGGAUGAGACGCAGACUAAGAUUAAGCGAGCCUCGCAGAAGAAGCACGUGAGCCCCGUGCAGGCCCUCAGCGAGUUCAAAGCCAUGGACAGCAUCUGAGCCGCUCUGCCCGUGGGGUCUGCAGAUGCUCCCCUCAGAUGUGUUUGCUAAGUAGAGAACACUUAGAUUCCACAGGGAGGGAGCACAUUUCCAACCCAACCAGGUGGUGAAUUUUGCAAGGAUAUGUUUCUGUUAGAACUGGCUUAAAAAAAACAAACAAAAAAGCUUUAGAAUUCAGAAGUAUAUUUCUAGCUAUAUUUUUAUAAGCUUAAAUGACAAUAAAAGUUCCAUAACCAAAGAGUACCACAUUAACUUACUUCUUAGUCACAUUUCAGAGUAGGAUGAGGUGUUUGCUUUCUAGGCAGGGGUGAGUUGGAGGGGAGAGGUUGCCCUCAGCCCUGCCAUCGGGCAGUGUGGGAUUAAAUGACCAAGGGUGACCCAGCGUAAGCCACUGUGUACCCUGAGAAACAGUCUGGGGAAGGAGCCUCUGAAGACUAAACCAUAGGAAACAGUAAGACAUGAUGCAUUGCACAGGAAACUGAUUGCUUUCUUUAUGAAACAGAGUGGGUUAUAAUGCAUGGCUACAGUUACUAAUGUGCUCUGCUGCAGGACAUUAAUAGAGUUGCUUUUCCAGGCUAGAAAGAUGUGAUGCCAUAAUGGGAGCACGCUUCCCCCGUUACCCCAGCAUCAAGUGCAGACUCAUCAUCACGCUUACUUCUGAUAACCUCAGCGUUCCCUGCCUGACAGAAUAGUGUUUGCUUAGCAAUAAUAACUUAGACUCCACCUUAUUUGUGAUUACUAUGGCAAUUAUCAUAACUAUGAGGUAAAGAUUCUACUGUCUUAUUUAAAUUUUAUGAAUCCAACUUUUUUACACUAAUUUUCCCAAUAAAGUCCACUAUGAAACCAA